AUGUGGGAGAGUGGAGGACGAGAGUUGAAAGAGAGUGGGGGGCAGCAGGAGAGGCAGAGCAGGAUCGAAAGCCACCGAACCAGCACAGCAGAAGCAUGGGAAAAGGGGCGAGGGCUGAAGCAGCAAGUGCGGAAACACAGGGACAGGAGGAAGGGGUGGAGGGGCAUGAGGCCUUCUUUCCCCCUUCCGCUCCAUCCUCUCCCUUCAACCCUGCCCAUGCCGCGUCCCCCUCCUCUUCCUCACUCCCCUCCUCCUACUCUCCCUCACCCCCCUCCUCACCACCUUUACUCACCCCCUCCCAUCCUUCCUCACUCCCCUCCACCGCUCUCCUCCGCGUUGAAUCUGCUGCAGUCCUCUUCCCGGGGGUCUGAGUGGGGGAGGAGGGUUGCAGCUUUAGCAGAAGCCACCACUGCUUGGCUGGCUGCCUCAGAGGGUCGAAGGUACAAGAAGCAUGAGGACGAGCAAGAGGUAGAGGGUCAACGUGGGGAAAGUGAUAAGGAUUCAGGUGAUACUUUACAGGAGGGAAAGGCGGAGGGGUGGAUGAUGGGAAAGCGGGCAAAGGGGGCUGGUACUGACAGCAAUGGUGACGGUGCUGGGGAUGGUGGUUGUGCUGCUAUUGGCGUUGGUGGUGGUGUUGAUGAUGGGACGAAGGAGAGAGCGGAAGGAGAAAGGGGAGACGUGGAGGAAGGGGAGCAGCAGGAAAGAGAGGAGAGGGAGAGGGAGAGGGGAAGGAAGAGGGAAAGAGAGAGGGAAAGGGAGAGGGGAAGGGAGAGAAGAAGGGAGAGGGAAAGGGAGAGGCAGAAGGAGGGGGGAGGAGUGGUGAAGGGGAAGAGAUGUGGCUUUGAGAUGGGAGGAGGAUUGGAAGGGCGAAAUGGACAUGGUGAGGAGAAGGAGGUGAAAAAGGCCGAGGUAAAAGAGGAGGAAAAUCGAGGGAUGACUGGAGAUGCAGGAAGGGAGGCUGGUAGUGGGGAUGGAUUGAGUGGGGAUGAAGGAAGGGAUGGUGACAGGGGCGCGGGUGGAGGAAUUGCAGGCGAAACGGGUGUGAGCGAGAGGAGUGCAGAUGGGAAAAGGAAAGACAAGGGGAUGGAUGUUGUGACACGCCAGCCCCUGUCAGCCCUCCAAACGCUGUUCAGUAGCAGUGCCAAAACAAGGGUGGCUUUUGAGACAUGUCGGAAGGUAGCGCUAGUGGGUACCAGGAGUCUUGGUGGUGGCGUGGUGCUGAGGAUUAAGGGGGAGGAAGAAGAGGAGGGGAAGAAUGACGAGGAGGAGGAGGGAGAGGGGGAGGAGGAGGAGGAGGAUGAGGAUGAUGAUGAGGAAAGCGAGGAGGAGGAGGAGGAGGAGGAGGAGGAGGAGGAGGAGGAGGAGGAGGAGGAGAGGGAGGAGGAGGAGGAGGAGGAGGAGGAGGAGGAGGAGGAGGAGGAGGAGGAAGAAGAGGAAGAAGGGGAGGAGAGUGGAGAGGAGGAGGAUGGGAGUGAUGGAGACGAGGAGGAUGUGGAGAGGGAGGGCGGGAGGCAGGAGGAGGAGGAGCUGCUACUGGGGCGGUUCAUGCUGAGGGCACUAAGCAGUGGCCAGCAGCCAGUGGAGGGAGGUGUCGUUGCCUGUCAGCCACUCUCUUCACCUCUCCGUAGUUCUCUCACCUCUCUCUGUAGCUCUCUCAGUGCAUCUUCUCCUUCCCCCCUCUCCUCACAGGCUCUCAGCAGCGGUCAGUGGAGGGAAGUGUUGUUGUCUCUCAACCGCCCUCCUUCCGCUCGCUCACAGCAGCCCCCUCUCUCGAUAUCGCACCUCCCACAAGCACACCGCUCUCACCCUCUCCCUCCCUCGCACCUCCCACGUUCGACAUCCAUUCUCCGGCACUCCUCACCCUCCUUCACCCCCUCGAUCCGCCUGGUCUCAUGGGCCAAUACGGCUCACAGCCUCUCCUUCCGUUCCGCCCUCCAAACCGAAGCUGCAGCUUUGGCAGCAGAAGGGCUGGAUUCCGAGCCUACGCAUGCAGCUCCGCCGGAGGUUCGGCAGGUGGCUCGGCAGGCUGUGAGCUCUCCUGCUCAUCUUCCCGAACCUAAGCUGCGUUUGGGGUGUCAGCAGGACGAACCGAAGCUGAGACAAGGGGGAAAAGAAGAAGAAGAGUAUGGAGUGGAUCGUGCUUUUGAGUCGAGUCAAAAACAGGGUGUGGACCGUGCUUUGAUGCGCGUUGAAACGAAACGAGGCCGAGUGGAUGGUGCUGCAGCUGAGACGACUCAAAAGCCAUCCAAGGGGGAGAAAAUGCUGAAUAGAGGUGUUGCAUCUGACAGAAAUGCAGCUAAGCAAGGCUUGGGUAUGGAUCGAAAUCACGGGGAGGCUAAGCAAAGAGGUGAUGCCAGUCAUGGGGCAAUGGGUGCUGCGGCUGCUGUUGCAUUGGGGCGGAGAAAAAACGCAGGAGGGGGGGAGAAAGGGUCAUGCGAUGGGGCAGGAGUGAGGGAGGAGGACGUAAGAGGCAGGCUGUUAGGAGGUAUUGGGGAGAGACGGGAAGAGGAGGAUGAGGAGCAAAGGGAAAGUCCUUUAGGAAAGGUUGGAGAAGACAUGGGGGAGGAGAAGGAGAGGAAAGAGGAGGAAGCAGAGGGAGAGGAGGAAGAGAAAGAGGAUGGUGAGGAGCGAAAGGCAGGUGCAGUUGGAACUAGGGAGGUGGGAGGGGAGAAGAGGGAAGAGGAGGGAGGGGAGAACAGGGCGGAGGGAGGGAAGAGAAAAGAGGAAGUGGGAGGGGAGAAAAGAGAGGAGAUGGGGGUGGAGAAGCGUUUUGAGGUAAAAACAACUGGCACUUCGUUAAGUGCUCGAAAAGGGUCGGAUGCGAGAGCGAGAAAGUUGGGAGUGUACAAGGGCAGCUAUCUGGACUGGGGUGUGGGGACAAGCGGGAGCACGGAUAUGGGUACUAAAACGGCUAGUGGCGAUGGCCUAGCUAACGGUGGUGUGGGGAUGGGUGGAGGGAAAACUGCAGGGGCUGCUCUGGUGAAGGUGCAGGGUGAUGGGAAGAGUGCUUUUAUGGCUGCUUUUGAGCAGCGAUUGCAGGCGGAGUUUCAGGCGAUGAGAAGUGAGUGUGUAUAG